CCUAUUUUGGCUGACCCGGUACGGCGAGACUCUACGCGUAUAAGCGCAUUCGCGUAUUCCUAUGUAAAUGCGCAGGUUCGCAUAUGGGUGACGAUGGCGUGGUUACGAUGUGGUGCCUAAUUCAUGUGCUUCGAGCUAGAGAAUCUCUCGGAUUCAAGCAGGCCGGCAGUGCUCGCUAAGAGGCUGCCUGCCAGCUAACGUCUACGAUAAAUACGUAGCCUGGCGGUGGCAAUUUAAUCAACCCCUCUGCUUUCUUCCCUCCGUAUCUCUCAAUUGCGAAGUUCCGUCUACCCAUCCAUCAAUCCAUCCGUUCCUCUCGAUCUUGCGAAUCUGCUUCAACCAAGAUGGCGGACUCCUCCGCUCCGGCUAAGCUCCAAAGCAUGCGAGGAUGGAUCUACACGUCCACCGCCGGCGGGCUCGAAAAGAACCUCAAAUUAGUCGAAAACGCAUCCCUUCCGUUUCGCCACGUUCUUCCGAAGGACGCCGUCCUCGUCCAGGUUCGCAGCUGCGCUCUCAACCCAGCCGACUACAAGUUCCCCGAGAUGGGUUUGCCGAUGCGCGCCUUCAUCCCCACCCCAGCGUCGCCGGGCUUGGACUAUGCCGGUGUCGUCGCCCAGGUCGGCAACGCCGUCGAGGGAUUCAGCACGGGCCAGCGGGUCUUUGGCAGGGCCGGGUUCACCAGGUACGGCAGUCUCGGCGAGUACGUGCUCGUCCGCCGAAAUGGAUGCGCGGCCGUGCCUGAGGGUGUAUCCCUCGAAGAUGCGAGCUGCGUCGGAACUGCGGGCCAGACGGCAUACCAGUGCAUCGUACCGAAUGUAAAGGCCGGCGACAAGGUUUUCAUCAAUGGCGGCAGCGGCGGCACCGGGACUUUUGGGAUUCAGAUCGCCAAGGCGGUAGGAUGCCACGUAACGACGAGCUGCUCGGCGAAGAAUGCAGACUUGUGUCGUAGCCUAGGAGCCGACGAGGUUAUCGACUACGCCAAGGAGAACGUGAGCGAGAUCCUCAAGGCGAAGGGCCUGGUGUAUAAGUUGGUGGUCGACAACGUCGGCAACGAUCCGGCCGACCUCUACAAGGCAGCCGAUCACUUCCUCCUCCCCGAAGGCAAGUUCGUGCAAGUCGGGGCUCCAGCGUCGUUCGGCGGCAUGAAGACUCUGGUGUCGCGAAUGAACUUGCCCUCGUUCCUAGGGGGGGGGGAAAGAAAAAUCGAGUUCCUCUUCACGAAGGAUACCCAUGAGGACCUCGUCCAAAUCGGAGAAUGGAUGCGGGAGGGCAAAGUGAGGGCAGUGACAGACGAGGUCUUCCCAUACGAAGAUGCGCCGAAGGCCUUCGAGAAGCUGAAAACUGGUCGGGCAAGGGGCAAAAUCGUGGUCAGCCAGUCCUCCAAAUCAUAAAGG